AAGCACCUACCCACUCGCCUAGCCUUCAAGCUAACCCGAGCGGUACUUUUUUGGAUAGGAAUUGCGUAUAUAUAGAAGAAAGAGUUUUCUUUUUCGAGAAAAGGUCCCAUCCUUCAAUAUCAUGAUUGGGUCGACCAGGCGCAUGAGUAAAUAGAAAAUCGAAAACGUACAUAGCAGUUCCAGCGGAAAUACUGUGUUUAAUUCUACCACUUUUACUAGGAGUCGCCUUUUUAGUGCUAGCUGAACGUAAAGUAAUGGCUUUUGUGCAACGUCGAAAGGGUCCUGAUGUAGUGGGAUCGUUCGGAUUGUUACAACCUCUAGCAGAUGGUUUGAAAUUGAUUCUAAAAGAACCUAUUUCACCAAGUAGUGCUAAUUUAUCCCUUUUUAGAAUGGCUCCAGUGGCUACAUUUAUGUUAAGUCUGGUCGCUUGGGCCGUUGUACCUUUUGAUUAUGGUAUGGUAUUGUCAGAUUCGAACAUAGGGCUACUUUAUUUGUUUGCCAUAUCUUCGCUAGGUCUUUAUGGAAUUCUGACAGCAGGUCGGUCUAGUAAUUAGGGGGCGGCCGUUCGGUCGCCUAUGAUAGACGGACCAAUAGGUCAAAAAUGGGUUUGUGCCGCAGGUGUUGAACGAUCUACUCUACACAGGUGUGGGCUUAGAGGGCUAGGGCUCAACAACCUUUUCUUUCAUUCAUCAAUAGGGCCCUGGUCGGUCACUUUCCGGGUCGGGAUCGAGAAGUGUUUUUCAUAAAAAAUCAAUCUUUCUCUUCGCACCUCAGAUCAAGAGCUUGUCAAGCUGGCCAAAUCAAAAUCUUCGUUGUCUUGCUGUUCUUCUUUGUCAACGCUACUAAGGACCUAUGGGUUCGCCUACUUGACUUAUGAAAGAUAAUGAGAAUGGGUUAUUCAAAAAGGAAAAGGCGCUACUAUACAAUACAUUAGUAGAAGUAAGCGGCUGAGUUAGCCUAGCCUACUAAUGUCUUGUAUAGUAGGGUAUAGUAUAGUAGGCGAGCGAGUUAGCGAAGACGCUUAGGCUAAUAGGUAAGAGAGCGUCGGUGCUCCGCCUUCAUUCUACUACGCUACGCAAAGGUUACGAAGUCACUUAGCUCGACGUUAGGAAAGUCAAGGGGGAGGGCCAUACCUACAUAGAAGAACCGCUCUUCGCUCACUUUUGAAGGUCUAACCUUUCGCUCCCCUACUGAAAAGGGGCAAAACCGCUUCGCACCACUGAUAGACUACUUAAGAUUCAAUUCAAAA